AUGAACCAGCUGUACGAAGCAAUGCCGAUUCCGCUCUCUGACGACGCGGAGGAUACGCUCGAGGGGUCAGGCUUGGAGGUGAGUUCUCACGCUAGUGGCGCCAGCUCAUGGUCCCGCAGCUGCACGCACAGCGCAGACGCAGGAUCGUCGACGUCAUCAGGCGCUCCUGGAGAGAUGCCCGAGGAUGACGCGGAAGCUUGCGGCAGGGACAUUUAUGCGGCGAAACGCUGGCAUCCUGAGCGACACGGCCAUCACCAUAACGUCUUCACCACCUCGAGCUCGCCAAAUGACCUCUUUGCGUUUCUCGCGCAACUGCUGGACGUCGCAAAGGGUCUCUACACCAGACUGGAGCGCCUCCAACCCAGCAUGGCGGCCGCUGUAGCGGCCCCACCACCGUACUCGCAGACGUCCCGCGCCAACGAAGAGAGUCGUGCAUCGCAUGUAAACGGCAAAGGCACGGCUAAGGCAGCGUUUCAAGGCAUUGCAAAACUCCGCACCCGACUCUGUAAGGAGAUGGCAAAUGUGCAACGUGCGGUGGAGGGGCUCAGUGCGGCUGGAUGCACACAUGUGUUGACGUCGUCCUCGCCUGAUCCGCUUGCCGUGCCACCUGCCAUCUUCGAGUCCGCAGUGGCGUGCGCACAGUGUAACUCGAUAUCACACUAUGGAGGUAUCGUGGCCUGCCUUGAGCGCGAGCGCGACGUCACCGGGGUGUACGUGCCUGUGAGUAGCUACGUGGGGCCGCCACAAUGUGUGCACCUAGCUUCAGUGAAGGGGACGAGCACCACGCAUAGGCCCUCUUUCCGAGAAGAUAUGCGCAUCGAGGUGGAUGUAGUCUCUAACAGCGGGCACCGCUGGAUCAAGGUGAAGGCGACCACGGCGCGCAACCUUGAGCUCGAGGCCGCGGCACUGGACGUGAACGGUGCGACUCCCUUUACAGACAUGCUCCUGGCCCUCAUCGAGUGCUCCAAACGGACCUGCUUGCCGCACCGACGUACCCCUCAGGUGGCCGUCGUGUUGCUCCACCCGCCACCGCUCGUGCUGAGGAAGUUCUUUGCGGAGCACAGUGUCUUCUGGGCGUCGCUCUCAGAAGACUGCGGCGUAGCCACGCCACAUCACCGAAUGCAAGCACAACUGCCGCACGCAGCAGUUACUCAGAGCGCCACCACGUGGUUUCCACCACUGACGCUGUCUCCUGCGGUCAUUUGCCUCGACACGACUGCGUUGGUCACGCUCUGCUCCCAGAGUUGCUACGUGGAUGGUUUACCCUACAGUAUGCGGAUGGAGCGGCUGGCACCGUUUCGCGUAUUGCAGGAGCAGCAGCGGAAGGAAGUUGAUGAGUGCAGUGCUGUUGUAGCGGCCUUGGAGCCAGCGCUGCGCUUGCACACCGCCUGGUACACCAGCGAGGCACUCGAGCAGGUAAUGCGGCAGGCACUGCUGCUACAGGGCGACGACGCAGCAGCCGAAACAACACCAUCAUCAGCCGUCAAGCUGCAUGGUCAGGUUUUUCCCGCAGGGCUCAUCCUGCCGAUAAAGCUCGACUGGCUCGCGCCGCUGGAGGUAGCGGCGCGAGAGCGGUCUUGCGAUGCCGCGGACGGAAGCACCCACCAAUGCACUACCACUACCACUGCAACCACUACAGCAACGCCUGCAGUCAUACCCCUUGAUGAGUCGAGCCUUCUGAUGGAAUGCAGUGAUCUCAUCGGGAGAGAUGCCGCGUCUGUCUUGUCCUCGCUGCAGCGGCGACCCAACUGGAUCAUGGCGGAUGUCACGUACGAGGAGUUCAAGUGGAUCCUGGAGACGAUUGCGGGACCGCAGGAGGUUGCGCGCGCCGCACGUCUGCUGCGCCUUGUGAGUGUGGUGGACACAACGUUUCUGCGGGACAGCAUGCGUAGCAGAGGCGACUGCGAAGGCAGCAAUGGUGCACCAAGCACCACCGGACGUGGCACAGCGGCAUCAUGCUCUUCUUCACCGCCACCCCCCCUAUUCACCUUCGUGGAGUAUCUUCGGCUCCGCGGCAAGGUGUCCCUGCGCAACAAGUUUGUCUUUGGUCUCGCUGACGCUGUCAACGCGGUCAUGGUUACCUCGAAUAAGCAGAUGAUCCACGCUGCUCGUGAGCAGGGUGUCCACAUUGAGGCGUGCUUUCACCCGUGCCGCUCGCUUACCGAGCAGAAGAUGUACGGGCUGCAGCGGCGUCACGGCCCUGAAAGCCCCCCAGCCGUUACCCUCUAG